ACUGCAUUUCUAUGCUUGCUUGCAAGAAGCAAUGGAAACACAAGUUAGAUGUGUUGUUGUGAUAUUGUUCAUAUUUGCUCUUUUUUUCAUAGCAUUGGGAGUUGGUGUUGGGUUGCAAAUCAGUGGAGAUGAUAAUCAAUCAAAUGUAAGCUGCACAGAGGUUGAGCUUAAAGGUCUCCUCAAGUUGAGGGAAUCUCUCAUUGAUCAUUCAAAUCGUUUGUCGUCGUGGGUUGGAGAAUAUUGUUGUACGUGGACGGGAGUGGGCUGCAGCAAGAGGACACGCAGAGUCGUCAAGCUUGAUCUACACAAUCCAAUUCCGUACGAUGAAUAUUUAUACUACAGUGACAGCAAUUAUAUGAAAAAAUAUGAUGGAGCCAGUUUGCAAGGUGAGAUAAGUCCUUCUAUUCUCAAUCUGAGGCAUUUGCAUUACAUCGACUUGAGCUUUAAUAAUUUUUGGGGGCACAUUUUGUCUGCUGAUGGUAGCUUUAAUGCUUAUUCAUUCCUAGGCUCCCUUAAGAACCUAAGAUAUCUUGACCUCUCUCAUUCACAUUUCGAGGGGCAAAUUCCCCCUCAAUUUGGAAACCUCUCCAACUUGCAACAUCUCAAUCUUGGCUUCAACAAUUUACGAGGUCCAAUUCCUGAUACUCUUGGAAGCCUGUUAUCUCUCACUUUUCUUGAUCUCUCGUUGACUAGUUUUGACUCCCCAAUUAUGCGUAGUUGGUUCUGUAAAAUGAGCAGCCUUGUUCAUUUGAGACUCUCUGGUGUAAGUUACGGAGGUCCAAUUCUUCCUUGCCUUUGGAACUUGACUUCUCUCACAGUCCUUGAUCUCUCUAGUAAUAGUUUUGAAGGUUCAGUCCCAAGUGGGAUAGGCAAUCUUACACAACUUACUGUCCUUGACCUCUCUCACAACAAGUUAGAAGGUGAAAUACCAAACACCAUAAGGAAUCUCUGCAGCUUGAGCAGUUUCCAUUUGUUUUAUAAUGAGUUCACCGGAGAGGUACCAUUUUUUCAGGGAAAUACAUCUACUUGCCUCCAAAAAAGUUUAAAGGAGUUAGAUCUUGAAUUAAAUAAGUUUAGUGGUUUUCUGCCAAAUCAGUUGGGAGAGUUUAGGAUGCUAGAGGUGUUUGUUAUAUCUGAGAAUUUAUUUAGUGGUCCAAUCCCAGCAUCAAUUGGAAUACUCUCAUCAUUAAAAGUUUUAUAUGCAUCUGAUAAUCAGUUGAAUGGGAGUAUUCCUUCGAGUCUUGGACAACUUUCAAGGCUAGAGUCGUUAGAUGUCUCUAACAAUUCUUUGGAUGGUAUCGUUUCAGAACUUCACUUUGCCAAACUCACAAGGUUAGUAUGGUUGGACAUGUCCUCAAACUUGUUAAUUAUGAAUGUGAGCAUCCAAUGGGUUCCUCCUUUUCAACUCCAAUAUAUUCUUAUGUCUUCCUGCAAAUUGGGACCCCAAUUUCCUACAUGGCUUCAAACCCAGAAACAUGUUGAAUGGUUGCUAAUUUCCAAUGCAUAUAUCUCAGAUACCAUCCCCGACUGGUUUGAGAAUGUGUAUUCUCGUAUCAACCACUUAGAUAUAUCUCACAACCAGAUUUGUGGAAAGUUGCCCAAGUUUCAAGAAUCUAAUGCUACCCAUGGGCGGUAUCUAUAUUUGAAUUCCAACAAGUUUGAGGGCCCCUUAACCCCAUUUCUGUCAGAUGUCAUGUCAUUAGAUUUGUCCGACAACUUACUUUCAGGAAAUUUUCCUCUCGUUGAUGAUAAUAUUCAUAUCACAUUUAGAGUUCUUCGUGUCUCAAAUAACAAUUUGACUGGUGAUAUUCCAAAGUACAUAUGCAAGAUGAUGGCUCUGCUACUACUUGAUCUCUCAACAAAUAAAAUAUCAGGAACACUCCCUUGGUGCAUGGGGGACUUGGAUCAAUUGGUAGUGCUUGAUCUGAGAAAUAACUAUCUUGGUGGUCAUAUUCCAAAUUCUUUGGGUUCUCUACAAUAUCUUUCUUCUUUACAUUUGCGCAACAACAUGUUUCACGGGAACAUCCCUUUGACUUUGCAGAAAUUGACAUCUUUGAGAAUUCUCGAUCUAGGUGAUAAUGAAUUAAAUGAUAUUAUCCCAUCAUGGAUUGAAGAAAUGUCUAAUCUACGAUUUCUCAUUCUUCGAUCGAAUAGGUUCCACGGUUAUAUUUCUCCACAGCUCUGCCACAUCUCUGCUCUUCAAGUGUUAGACCUGUCACAUAACUAUAUAACUGGAAGUAUUCCUCGCUGCUUUGCCAACUUCACUGCCAUGGUCGCGAAUCUCAAUGCGACAGAUAUAGAUGAUGGGUUUUCACAAUACACAGAGAGCAUUUUAAAUUACAUUAAAGGAGUUGAACUUAAAUACACUAGCACACUCCGAUUUCUCACAUCUAUAGAUGUUUCAAACAAUCACAUAGUUGGAGAGAUUCCUGAAGAGUUGAUGGAUCUUAUUGGGUUGCGGAGUUUCAACGCAUCCAAAAAUCAUCUAAAUGGAAGCAUCCCAGAGAAGAUUGGAAAUAUGAAAGCUUUGGAAUCACUUGAUUUGUCAAGAAACAAACUUUCUGGUUCCAUUCCUCCAAGCUUGUCCGCUGUGAACUUUUUAAGCUACUUGAACUUGUCAUUCAAUAACUUGUCAGGGCGAAUACCAACAGGAAAUCAACUCCAAACACUCAAUGAUCCAUCCAUCUAUAUGGGUAACAAUCAGCUUUGUGGACCGCAAAUCUUCAAGAGCUGCCCUAGUGAUACUUCGUCUGAUGAUCAUCAUCAUGAUCAACAUGUUCCUGAGUCGGAAGAACGUCUGGCAUUCUAUACUGCCAUUGGACCGGGUUUCUUGGUUGGCUUCUUGACAAUUUGUGGCAUUUUGCAUUUCAAAAAGUCUUGGAGGUAUGCGUGGUUUCAGUUUGUGGAGAAUACUUGCGACAACCUACUGGUGGCAGUUGCAGUGAAGGCAACUUGGAUGCGGAGAAAGUUCCACAAAGAUGAAAUGGGAGGAUAAUUUCCUCUCUAAAAUGGUUUUAAAUUCAAUUGAAGCAAAUGAGAUUCAGGUGGAAGCAGACAGAGUGAGCAGUGGGUUUUCGUAAAUGGUCGAUGGAAAAGGAUCACUACUGCAAUAAAGUUCAGAAAAAUAAAUUAGACAAUGAUAUAUAUUAUAUAUUUUUGGUAAUUUGUAAUAAUGUUAGUGUGAUAAUUGUGUGCCUCUCCUAAAACAUAUAUCGUCUUGAUUCAAUAUCUAUAUAUAUAUCUAUAUUCUGCGAAUUAUUAGACUCCUUGCAGGCUUGCACUUGUAUAUACAUAUACACAUGUAUAUGUAUGUAUAUUUAUGUACAAGAUAGCUAUGGUACAUGAUAGAUCCAUGUCAGUUUCCAAGUCCAUCCAGGAUUA